AUGGCGGCGGUAGCUUCGGCGCCGGUCGCGAAUGCGUCCCGUUGCCCAGAGCUGGCUCGGGCAGCGGAGCGAAGAUUAUCUGAACAGUAAGCAUGAAAAUGGGUGGGCAGCCUUUUCCUUUCUGGCCGAGGGCGAGGCCGGAGCCAGCACCUGGCGGCCUCCCCCUGUUGCUCAGAGGUCUGCCCUGGUAGCUUGCAUGGGGGUUUUGGAAGCCAGGGGCGAGGGCUUCGAGGCCACUAGUUGUCUUAUCUCUGGCCGCAUCAGAAGACUUGAGAAAAGGCCAACGGAUGGCAGAGUCCCCUUCUCCCCUCCCUCCUUUCUUUUGCAAAUAAUGCAGUGUUUUCCCCUUGGCGGAAUAAAGCCCUUUUGCGAAGGAGCUCUUUUUAAUUCCACAGCGGGCAAGAUCUUGGCGAAGGAAUAAGUUAUUUGUGAUGGUUAACACGUGUCUCCAAACUACCUUGUGAUUAGGUUUUUAAUAAGGCCUACCCUUGAAUCCUCAUGAUUUAAAAAUUGCGUGUAGUUGUCCCUAUUGGAGGUCAUUCCUGCGUUUACUUUAAAUGAUGUGGCAAUGCUUUAUUAUUAUUAUUGAGCUGCAAGUGCGUGUGAGAGGGAGAGAGCUUAGGCUAGUAAUAAAACAGGCUUCCGGGAAAGCAAUAGAGUAGGAGUGGUUAGAAGCAGAUCGGGAUCUACACGCAGCGUUUAGGGGUGGUGAUUUAUAGUAGAUCACCAAAGGUUACCUACUUGGCAUUUGGCAACAGCAAGAAGAUUUUCAAUAGGCUGCUGUACUGAAGAAAACAUAAGGUAGCCAGGAGUGGACUGUGUGUUAAAAGGACUGUUAGCUUUAUUCAGUUCUGAUACUGUAAAUGAACCCCUAGUUUCCAGAUGUGCUCAAAAGACACUCUGCUCUUUAAUUCUAAUGGUGUGCCAUUUGCACUUUACUGGUUGAAUUUCUAGUAAACAACAACAACCAACAAACCCAAACUACUGUAGAUCCAAGAAGCCUGAAAACCUGCCCCACCCUGCAAUAGCGUCAGUGAGAUGGUUGUGCAAAGCCUUGAAUUUGAUGAGGUUCGGAAUGAAUGCAGGGAGUGAGAGGAUACCAAUGGAGAGAAGUGGAAAAGGCAGUGACAAAGUGGUGGGAGGAAGAUAAUUUCAGCAGUUAUUUUGUACGGUGUGGAGAACAAAGACAUGGUAAAUGGUCUAUGAAGAAGAGGUUGAAGUUGUGCAAAUGACACAUGUUAGGGACAAUUCUACAGGACCUGAACAUACAGGAAUGUUUUGAAUUGUUAAAAUUGAGAAGAAACUAACGUCUUGGGACGGGGGAACAGAUAUAGUGAGGAUUUAGUAGCCUUUAAUUUAGAUUGAUAGGGGAAUUUAUAAGGGAAACGGGAAGUUCAGGCUCUUCUUAUUUGAUCCUCGCAACAACCCUGUCAAGUUGGUUCGGCUGAGAGACAGUGACUGUCCCAAAGUCAGCCACUGAGUUUUAUAACUGUAUUGGGGUUUUGAACUCGAGUAUCACAGGUUCCAGUCUGACACCUUAACCACUAUACCAUACCUUAUUACAAGUAAUCAAAUAACAUCCACUGGGUUGAAUCUGAACUCUUGGACAAUGUCCAACUCACUUUCUCUAUAGCAUGUUCCGGAGGAAAACAAGGUGUAAAUAAGAGACAUUUGUGGGAGUCAUUUUGGAGGCUUUGACAUUUCCUAGUAGAAGUGGCCCUCCAGCAGAGUGGGUUGCUGGCAAGUGUACUGUUUUGCAUGAUGCACGUUACGUAAAAUAAAUAAAGCAUCUAGUUUGAAGCAGAAGAUGAUGGAGUAGACUGUUGGCACUGGUGAAAUCUCUGCUCAGCUACUGAAUGGAGUACAAGCAUCCCAGUUGCUGGAUAUCGGGUGGGAGAGUUCUCUUGCGCUCAUGUCUGGAUUGUGAAGUUUGCACCGGGGUUUUGCUUGGCUACUGUGAAAACAGAAAAUACCCUGAACUACAGAGGUUUUGGGUGCAGUGGGCUCAUCUUAUGUUCUUGAGCAUGAACAGAUAAAUCUGUAGAACAGUGGAGUUUUACUCGUCAUUCUGGAGCUGUCAAAACAAAAAAAGUUCUCUCUGAGAAGAUAGAUUAAAUAUAUUUUAAAAAUUUAUAGAGUUGAAAUGAAUUAAGCUAUCUCUACCUUCUUGGCUUUGUUUUCCAGCAAAAUAAAUAGUUUGCCUUUGAAAUGCAGGCAGCAUUUAGGUUUGUGUUGUGCAUGUUCGAGUAAAUGUCUGUUACACAAAUACUGCAUCUAUUUUAAGAAGUAUUUCAUCAUCCCUGUUGCAGAUUCAACAGGUUAUAGGCACUUCUCUUUGCCGCUGAAGAUAAACAGCUAAGAGCAGAGACAAGAAGAUUAAUUUGGGGGUCAUCUUGACUCAUAAGUCUGUACAUAAGUAUAUUUGUCAAGAUUACUACAAUUCUGGGAUUACUAAGGCACUUUGAACACAUAACUUUUUGUUCUUUUUAUUAAAAUGUAGCUUCAUUCCCUCCUUAUGUUAAUGUAGUAAUUAUGUAUUUGAAACUAAUAUUAUGUAUAAAUUAUCUUUUUUAAGUACUUCAAUUAUAUUAACAUUGCUUUAAGUUAAUAUUUCUGGGCAAUGGCAAAGCCAUUUUUAUUCAUUUAUCUUUUAUACUUUUAUUUUGGGGUACAAAAUUUUAAUUAAAUUUAUUGUAUAUUGAAUUUAUAAAGUGUUUUUUAAUUUUUUCUAGGUUUUGAUUUACUAAGUGUGACUCUAUUGGGUGUUUGAAAUGUGUGACAACUUGAUAUAUUUGUUCAGUAUGGCCUCCAUUCUGUGCAUCUCAUAUUUAUAUACUUUGCCUGCUUUCAGAUGCAAAUUCUUCUUCUCCUCCUCCUUCUGCUUCUUCUAAUAACCCACACUUCACCCUAAGGUCCCAAGGUGGACUACAAUAUGAAAACACAAUAUUGAAAACAGCUUUUAAAAACUGACAAUUACAAAAUUAAGGUGAAUCCUAAAAAUAUACACCUCGUGUGUCAAAACAUGGUGUGUGACAUUGGGGGUGCACUGCAAGAUCUGGUUAGCACAGAAGAUGCUUUCAAAAUUAAAGUUACCCAUGAAAGGAACUCUUGCAGAGCAUGUUAACUAAUGCCAUCAGUAGGGUGUAUUUGGUCAGCUGCAUUAUUCUUACCUCAAAAGAUGCUGAUUUCUAAUAUAAGACAUUUACAUUAGCAAAGAGAUUCAUGCGGAACAAUAGACUUGCUUGCUUUAAUUCAAUAAUGUGUGGAGAAUAGUUAUUUCUAGAGUCAGACAUAAAUAAAAAGAGGAUGGGGUUUCUGUACCUUUUAAUAGUUACAUAGAAGGGGGAUUUCAGCAGAUGUAGCUUGCCGUGAAGCCUGUUAGCAUUUACUGCAACAAUUAUAGCAUCUCUCUAAUUUUGGGGAUUUUAUUCAUGCUUUUGGCAGAUUUGAUCAAUGUAGCCUAAUGUCAUUUGGACCACAGUGAUCUGCUACUCCAUAUGGUGAAUGAGGUGUGAGAUUGCAGGGCAGCAUAGCUAUAUAACCUGUCCAUGUUCGGUGAUGCUGCCUUUUCAUGCAAAAUGAUGUUAUUUUGAGUACAGUGGCCAAGGUUAUGAUUCUGAAAUUAAUUGGAUGCCUUUUCACUAUUACUACUGCAAAAAAUGAAGUGAAAACUAAGAUUUGUCUGCAAGCUUUGUUUUUAAGGCAAUAUGAGACAUUUUGUUAGACAAUAAUAUUUUAAUGAAACUUUUACUAACUUGUUUUUCCCAAAUGUUGCAGUGGCAACUUAAGGCUGGCCAACUCAAACUAGUAAAAGCAAUUUUGUUUCUUGAAUAGUUUUCGUAUUGACUGUUCUUUGUUUUUGUUUUGAUUUAGGUGCCUGUUGGUUUUUUCCAAACGUCCCACAAAGAAGCAAUGCAUGUCUCUUGAGGAUCCCUGA